UCAGUGACAAAAUGGUGCUAAGGUGGUUGGUAGCACUGCUACUGUGGGCGAGGGUGGAAGCCCUGCAAGAACAGAAGUUCGCGAUGGAGCCCCAGGACCAGACAGCGGUAGUCGGCAGCAGAGUGACUCUUCCUUGCAGAGUCAUCAACAAGUCAGGGCUGCUGCAGUGGACCAAGGACGGCUUCGGGCUGGGCAACCUCACCGGUUAUGACCGAUAUUCAAUAGUUGGCAGUACUGAAGAAGGUGACUACUCGCUAGAAAUCUACCCGGUAGUGUUGGACGACGAUGCCAUCUACAGCUGCCAAGCAAGUGCAGGACCCGAUGGGGAGCUGCCUAUCCGCUCCAGGGUCGCCAACCUUUCUGUGUUGGUCCCUCCUGAGCCACCUAGUAUCAUUCAGGGCAGCCACCUCCUCACCACCGAGGACAGAGAAAUUGAACUGGAGUGCAUCUCCAUUGCUGGGAAACCACCAGCUGAGAUAACGUGGGUGGAUGGUGUGGGGAACCUGUUACGAGAUGACAUAGAGUACCUUACGGAACUUCAGCCUGACCAGAAGACGUACACGGCAAGGUCAAUAUUGAAGCUGACGGCCAGGAAGGAACAUCACAACACGACCUUCACGUGUCAGGCGCAAAACACAGCUGACAGGACGUACCGCAGCGCUCGGCUCAGGCUGGAAGUCAAAUACGCUCCGAAGGUGCGAGUGUACAUAGUGGGGAACGGCUCCAGACUUGUGGAGGGGCAGGACGUCAGACUGAUGUGUUCGGCCACAGCUAACCCUCCCGACAUCACCUACCGUUGGUUCGUCAACAACCAGCUGGUGCUCGACGACCCUACCACGGAACUGGUGCUCAAGAACAUCUCCCAGGCACACCACAAGUCCGUGGUCAGAUGUGAGGUGCACAACUUGGUCGGCAAGAGCGAGGAGUCCGAGACCUUGGACGUUGGAUAUGGUCCGAGGUUCAGAAUCAAGCCCUACAGUGUCCAGGCCGACGUCGGAGCAUCAGUCACGCUCACGUGUGACGUGGACGGCAAUCCUGCUCCCAACAUUGUCUGGAUACACGAGGACUCAGGCAGGCGAGGCAAUGUACUAACGUUAACGUGGGAACAGGUGGUGAGCACGUCCCCCAACCUCACUGUGAACGUCGCUCCCGACACGGCGGGCCGCUACUUCUGCAGAGCCACCGUCCCGGGGUUCCCUGACGUCCGGGCUGAGGCCACCAUCUACAUGAAGGGUCCACCUACCAUAGUAUCGCAUAGGACACAGUAUGGCAUCCCAGGAGACAAUAUCAGGCUGGAAUGCUCUGCCUUCUCCAUCCCCACUCCGCAGAAGGUUGUCUGGAGUUUCAAGGGUGAAGAUGUUGGCUCGGAUCUGGCUUAUUCUGUGCUGGAGGACCAGAUAACAGAAGGGAUCAAGAGCACUCUAAUCAUCCGGGACUCAAGACAAGAGCAUUUCGGGAUCUACAACUGCACUGUGUCCAACCCUUACGGCAGCGACAUCGUCGAGAUCACUCUCAAGGCCCAAAAAAGUUUCCCUCUACAUUCCACCCUCAUCGGAGUUAUGGGAGGUAUUGUGGUGUUCGUAGCAGUGACCACUGUACUCAUUCUCUGUCAGCGGACCAGAGUUGCAAAGCCACAAGUUGAGAAGGCCGAGGAAGUGAAGCAACCGAAGGAGAAUGACCUGGCGUCGAACAUCUCAGACCUCAAGUUGGAGCUUGAGUACAGUGGGAGCGAGUCAGGCAGUGAGAGUGCAGGACCCCGAGCAGGCCUGCCACUCGCUGGACCUGUACCGCUGGACACUCGCUACUCACACUGCUACACCCCCUCAGAGCUCUCCGACAGCUUUCCACCUCAACAACUGAACGGACAACACAACGAUGGCUAUGUGCCUUACGUGGACUACGCAAGAGACUACAACCCUCCAGUGCCCCUCCCAGCAGGGGUCUCUCCCGUCCCGCCAGCAAUCCCCGAGACUACAGAAGUGGACCCUAGGUACUCCGCAGUGUACGGCAACCCCUACCUGAGACACACGGUCAGUCCCCAGCUGCCGCCCCCUCCCAACCCCCAGUCCGCCCUGCCCCCACCCCCCUACAGCAUCCUCAGGAACGGUGCGACCCCCCAGACAAGACCUGCAAUACGACCGACCCCUCAGACGAACAAACCCACCCUAGCGACACACGUAUAAUACAACUAGAACUGACCACCAAGUUCCAUGCUUUUACCAAAACGAGUUAAGAGUUGCUGAAAUUCCUAUGGUAGUUUAGUCUAAUAUUAUAGGCGACAUUACGAAGACUGAAAUCUAGUUUUUUUAAUACAAUGACAAAAUGUGAGACUUCACCAAGGUCUGUUUUGUUAUCACUAAGAUUUACAGUUAGUUUCUGUGUAGGUUAGUCAUCUAGAAAGUUUUCUAACGUAUUUUUUAUACUACUACAAAACGUAUGCUCAGUUAAAAAAGUGUUUACUUUUAGGGAAUGUGAUAGCUUGUAACUUAUUACUGUACAGAUUAAAGCACUAAAAUUGAAGCCAAAGCUUCCUUACAUAUAGUUUACAUGCAAUCUUGUUUCUGAAAGGGUACACAUGUAAAAAGUUCAAUAUAGACCAAUAUCAGUUUUGUAUAACAAAACCAGUAAUGUUGAACUACGAAAACAAGACAAACUAAGUAUUGUAUAGAUAAAUAUGUGCUGAAAUAGAAAAACACAAUAUGGCAUCAACAUUGUUUCUGUAUAUAUAAAAUUUAGUCCCUGAAAAUAUCAUGAAUCUUCUAUGGUUAUGCAUGUACAUAAUUAAUUUCGCUUCCAAGAAUUAAAUAUUAUCUAUAAAUUCUCUUAAUAGAUAAAGUACUAAUGUAAUUUAAUUACAAUGUAACCCUACAAGUGUCUUUAAAUGUGAGUAUGUUCCUGAUAACACAACACUAAUAGAGGUCAAGUGGAUAUGUUAUUUGUUACAUACAAAAUAUGAACCAAAGUGUACUUAAUGCGCCGUCUAAAGGUGAGGUAACUUAUAUGUAGUGAACGCUAGGAAGCUGAUAAACUGUCAGUUCUCUCUUCUUAAGUUGUUAUUAGUUUUUUAAGAAAUAUAAGUUGUAUAGAGCACAUUAAUACAACACAAAUACCAUUCAUUGUUUAUGUAUAGUUUGUUGUCUACCAAUGCUGCAUUUACAUUCUUUAUGUAUGUUUUACAACUGUAAUCUUGUAAUUUCAUUCUGAAGAUUAAAUCUAUGUAAAUUUCUA